AUUUAGGGUAUAUGCGUGAAAAGGAUCUUAGACUAAGUGAAGUUUGACACUAACAAUGCAUAAAAUUGCUGUAAACUAGUCCAGCUCGAUAGAUAAACAUACAAAAAACUUCAACAAUAAGCAUAUAGUUAAAUAUUUUAUAUUAAAAAAAAAACAGUUAAUUUAGGCAGCUAUAAAAAGCUCACCAUUAAUGAUUAAAGCACACAUUUUCUCAUGAAAAAAAAAGGCAUUAAAAGCUUUGAAGAACUCUUUAUCUUUAUGGCUGCUACUGGUGGAAAUAUUUUGGGGGAUGAAGAGAGCCAGCUUUCUUUUGGAAGUAGUAAUAAAAUUAAAGUUAUAUCUUUUACACAAAACUGCUUAGAUGACGAAAAGAAGAAAUAUACUUCUCUCACAAUAGCUGAAAGGUUGGGCUCGCCUGACUUCUUCACUUUGGAUGUCUGGCGAGCAUCGGUUGGAGAGCUUUUAGGCUCUGCGGUUCUUGUUUUUAUGUUGGACACCAUAGUGAUUUCAACCCUCGAAAGUGAUGUCAAAAUGCCAAAUUUAAUAAUGUCAAUUCUCAUAGCAAUUACACUCACCAUUUUAAUCCUUGCUGUUUUUCCAGUGUCUGGAGGCCACAUUAGCCCUGUAAUUACCUUCUCCUCUGCACUUGUUGGACUAAUAUCAAUGUCACGAGCCAUAAUUUACAUAGUUGCACAAUGUGUUGGUGCUAUUUUAGGUGCCCUAGCACUCAAAGCUGUGGUAAGUAGUACCAUUGAACAAAGAUUCUCUCUUGGUGGUUGUACCAUUACAGUAAUUACACCAGGGCCCAAUGGGCCAGUCACUGUGGGCCUAGACAUAGCCCAAGCAUUUUGGCUUGAGUUUUUGUGUACAUUUGCUUUGCUUUUUGGGUCACUUUGGAUGGCCUAUGAUCAUCGUCAGUCCAAGGCACUUGGGCUCAUUACUGUGAUGUCCAUUGUUGGGCUUUUAGCAGGCCUCCUUGUGUUUAUUUCAACUACAGUGACUGCUAAAAAGGGUUAUGCUGGAGCUGGAAUGAAUCCAGCUAGGUGCUUUGGAGCUGCUAUUGUUAGAGGAGGCCCCCUUUGGAAUGGGCAUUGGAUCUUUUGGGUUGGGCCUGGACUUGCUUGUUUUGCUUUCUACUUCUAUACCAAGAUCAUUCCUACGAAUCAUUUUCAUGCUGAUGGAUAUAAGCAUGAUUUCUUAGCUUUAAUCGCGGCAUUGUUUCGAUCUGAGGUGUAAUGAUUUUUGCCAGUUCACAUGCUAGUUAUGUAGGAUUAUAAUGUAGGGAUUGUCUAUAAAUGAUUAAUAAUGACAGAAUUACUUUAAGGGCCUGCCUGACCCAAGACAACC